AUGAGUUCGAGAAGUAUUCGCACAUUACUUCGUAAUUCGUCCGCAUUACUUACAAUUGCUUACGAUAUUGGACGAGCAUAUCCAAUUGCAUUUCAAAAACGAAGAAAAAUUAUUCGUAUAGCAACACUUCGCGAUCAAAUAACACAUCAGCCUUAUCUUCAUAAAAAGAAUAAAGCGUCGUUGGUAAUUUUCGAUAAAGAUGGGACGCUUAUUUGCUUUCAAUCGAUGUGGGUCCCGUGGGCACUUUCCGUCGCUAAAUGUAUUGACGAAGCGACCAAAUUGAAUAUUCGUGAAGAAAUUUAUAAAGUUCUUGGCUUUUCUCCUGUGGAAAAUCGUGUAAAACCUGGUUUACUAGCCGAAGGAACGUUGAGUCAAAUUCAUGAAGCUUUAGCGCGAAUUCUAAUUCGUCACGGCAUCGCAUCAAGCGAAGCAAUCGCCUACGUUGAUGAAGCGAUCAAAGAAUCCAAUAAAGUAACGACUCAUUCGAUGAAAGAGAUUUACGACCUUCAACUUUUAUUCAAUCAGUUGCGUGAAAAUAAUGUUAAAAUAGCGAUAUGUACGUCAGACAGCAGAUUUGGUACGAUGAAUACUCUUAAAAAACUGAAAUUGGAUAAACUUGUCGAUGUUGUUGUGUGUGGUGAUGAUGCGGGCGCUAUGCCUAAACCCCAUCCGCACAAUGCUUUAUCAAUCUGUCGUCUUCUUGAUGUUGAUCCAUUAGAUACGCUAGUUGUUGGCGAUACAUUGGCUGAUAUGGGAAUGGGUCGCUCAGCAAAUCUUGGAGGAACUGUAGGUGUAUUAUCGGGUGUUUGUAAUGGUGAUGAGCUUCGACCUCUAGCUGAUCAUAUUGUAAGUUAUUUUUGUUAA